AGCAGCAUCCACAAGAGCUCUCCAUCCGAGAGGCGCAUCGGCAUGGCGUCUAAGGGAACGGCGACGGUGGCGGCGGCGGUGCCGGAGGUGGCGCUGCGGUCGGGCAACGCGAGGCCGAUGCCGGCGGUCGGCAUGGGCACGGCGGCAUUCCCCCUGGUGCCCGAGGCCACCAAGAACGCCGUGCUGGCUGCCAUCGAGGUGGGCUACCGCCACUUCGACACCGCCUACAUGUACGGCACGGAGAAGCCGCUCGGCGACGCCGUGGCCGAGGCUGUGCGGCGCGGGCUCGUCGCGUCACGGCAGGAGCUGUUCGUGACGUCCAAGCUGUGGUGCACGCAGUGCCACCCGGACCUCGUCCUCCCGGCCCUCCGUCAAACCCUGCAAGCAUGUAGGAACCUGCAGAUAGAGUACCUGGACCUGUACCUGAUCCACUGGCCGAUCUGCAUCAAGCCCGUGCCGCCAUCGUUCCCGGCCAAGAAGGAGGACGCCAUGCCGUUCGACUUCGAGGGCGUGUGGCUGGCGAUGGAGGAGUGCCACCGGCUCGGGCUCGCCAAGGCGAUCGGCGUGAGCAACUUCACCACCAAGCACCUCGACAAGGUCCUGGCCGCCGCCACGAUCCCUCCCGCGGUGAACCAGGUGGAGCUGAACCCGGUGUGGCAGCAGCGGACGCUGAGGGGUUACUGCGCCGAGAAGGGCAUCCACGUCGCGGCCUACUCGCCGCUGGGCGGCCAGAAUUGGGACGGGACGGGCAACGCCGUGCUGGAGUCCGAUGUGCUCGCCGGGAUUGCCAAGGCAAGAGGGAAAACCAUCGCACAGGUGUCACUGAGAUGGAUAUAUGAGCAGGGAGUGACGUCCAUCGCCAAGAGCUACAACAUGGAGAGGCUCAAGCAAAACCUAGAGAUUUUCGACUGGGAGCUGACUGACGAGGACCGGCUCAAGAUCAGCCAAAUCCCGCAGAAGAAGGUUGUAAAGGGUACAGACUUGUUCUCGCGAGAGGGCGAAUUCACUUCAGUUGAUGCAGCAGAUCUGAACGUUGAAGAGUAGGGGCACUGAAAAAUGCCCCGCCCGGCAUCACUUUGUUUUUUUCUCGAACGUGUAGGAGAACUACGCAUCAUAAACUCAGGUGUCACUAUUAGCAUGUACGUAUAUAGUGCAUUUGAAUAAGGUAGUUCCAUCGUUUGUACUGCUGCGUGUCGGUGUUAUUUCCCAUCUUCACUCAUUUCAGUAAGUAUUGUAGCCACCAUUUCCAGACUUCGUUUUGAUAUAAAAAUAUGAAUUCAUUGUAAUUUCAUAUAGCACUAGUUCUUCAAUGAUUGGUGACCAUAAGUGCUAGCUAGUACUAGUAUUUCUUCUCUGAA